AUGGACCCACUGAUAGAUGAUCUUGCUCGUCGUCUCGAUGACCUCGAGUUUCUUGUAUCUGGACUUCAACCCACAAACAAUUCUUCAGAUCCCCAACAACAACAACAACAACAACAUUCACAAGACUCGGCGCAGGACGCUCAGGACUUGUUGCUGCUCCCUCCAAAUACAACAAUCGCAACACAAGUUGCAGCAUUGCGCCAGGAAACUGCAGCAGCCAUAGCUCCGCGCAUUGACACUCUUGCUCCGCUACUUGAAGAAAUUGAUGCGCUCUGUCUCUGGAAGUUCCUCGACCUGGACCCCAAACCUCCCAACAACAACCAGCAAACACAUUCUACCACCACCACAGACCCCUCACAAGACUCCCCUCAAGACCCCGUGUCUCUCACGAUAGCUCGCGAAUCCGUUCUCGCCGCCUCUCCUUCUUUCGCCGCCGUAACUCGCGCCGCCACUCUUUCAUCCUCCGCUCCUCCUCUUCUACCUCUCACUCACGUCCCCUCUUCUGCGACCCCUCUCCCCCUGUCUCAGUCCCCACUGGCUCCCAUUUCGCUUCCACCCAACGUCGCAGCUUUGGCCACCCCGGCCGCCGCCGCCGCCAUUCUUACCCACGCUCAAACUCUCCGCGACCUACAAGCCGCUGUCGACGCCCUGGCUCUUGAAUCUGCAAGAAUACUAGACCAAUAUGCAGUCCUCGUAAUACAGGAAAACGAAACAGUGGCUUUGACCCAUUCUGCUCUUACGGAAAUGGAGCACGCAAAAAGAAGGAAAAUGGCAGCUGCUGCAGCCCUUGCAGCUGCAUCCAAACAGUACUCUCGUCGCAGUCUUACCUCCGUAGACUCCUCAGUUCUCAUGUCGUCAGACUAG